AUGGACGACUCAACACGCCCUAAGGAUAAAAUUGCAGAGCUGGUCGCUCAAUACGGAGCAGUUCCCCCUCCUUGGUUCAUGUUCCAGGACACCAGUCCAUACAGCAUAUGCUGGCGUAUGGGCGCUGGCGAAGACUAUAUAAUGAUAUUCUUUACCUGGUGGAAGGAACAAAAAGAAAGCCUUGAUGAGUCUCAACGGAUUGAGUAUUUUCGGAAAUGGCCACCGCCACCUCCAUGGCUUACGUGGAUGAUAGAGGUUAUCUGGGAUCUUAACCCUGAGGAUUUCGACGAUGAUGAGGAUUACGGGCCCUACUUCGAACGCACUAAAGCACUUGGCUUUGGGGGCUUUUUACUAGGUUCCCUUGGACUUGAAAACGAAGGUGGAUGGAGUAUUGUGAAGGAGGAGCUCUCAGCCGUCUUACGGCCUGCUCGAAGCUCCCUGGGCCAGAGCCUGUACGACUUUUUCUUGGCAGACACUAUGCCCUUCAAAUGCUUCUUAAGGAUGCGGAUGGAGGGGAAGUGCCAUGAUGUGAGGGGCACCUAUCCCGUCAAGAACUUGCGCUAA